CUCAUACCUGUGUCUUGAUGCAAAUGAUAUUUUGUGAAUUUAAGAAGCAUUAGCAUUAGCAACUCCUAGUGAUCGAUUUUCUCACUGUUACAGGGUCAAAGAAGACAUAAGGGAGCCAUGCAGGUAGCCAUGCCACUUAAUAAUAUGAUUCAGUGAGUAGAAAAGAGAUUAAAUUAACGGAAUAAAAUAUUUGAGAUUCCAGAUUCUAUGGUGAACUUUCGUGAUCUUGGGGAGCAGUUCCCUGGCUUAGCUGUCUGUAUCAAUUUAUUUAUGUAGUUGCAAUUACUAAAAAAAUAUAAGCUGAUUCUGCAAUGUAAUGCUUUCUUUGCUACUCUUUAUUGGAGCCACUAGCUGCUUAAAUUUAUAUUCUGCCACUCAGGUUGUGGUUUCGUUGACAAAGCAUGAAUUCAUCCAGCAUGGAUUGUUUGCUUUUAACCAAGAGUCUACACCAGAAACAGGGUGAUCUCUUUAUGGUUUAUACCAAGCUGAAUCAAAGCAAGUCCAUUUGCAGAUAAGUCCAAGCCACUAACUUUCCUAGCCGGCUAGCCCUGAACAUCAGACAUUCGGUCCUUGGCAGGAAUUGGCUAUAAUCAAAGCUGAUAUAUUGGUCAGAUUUGCAAGAGGGGUCCCCCGUCCUUUGCUUUUGACAGUGCUUAGUGGUGACAAAGGCGAAUGAAAGUCAUAAUGAGAACGCAGCUAAAGAAAUUCAAAAGAAAAGAAAGAGCCUCCAGUCUUUCAUGUACAAAGCACCAAAACAGUGGAAAAGAAAGCUAACAGGAGUAGGUUGAGGACAAAGAUGCGCUACCUUUGAUGGGGGCCCUUUCUGCGGACUGCUCCUUCCCCUUUCAUCAGCCUCUUCUCACUUUCUUCCUACGCAUGAGAAGGACCAAAGUAGUUACUAAGAGAAAAUGAACUCAUGUAGUGGAAAAGGCACGUCAGAAAGGCUAGAGAACAUAGACGAAGAUGGUCCUGCAACCUGUUGUCAACAACUGAGCUGUCCUCCCCCGGAGACUCCGACGGAGUCCAUGGAAUUUCUUGCCAGAUCAUGGAGCCUCUCGGCUAUGGAACUCUCAAAAGCACUCUCAAAGAGGAAUGUCGCUUCCAACGACCAUGAGAAGUUAUCCUUCUCUUCUGUUGCAAACGAAAUCGAUGAUAUGAGCUCUUCUACUGUUUUCAUGGAAACUCUACAUCAGCAGUUGCAUGAUAGAGAUAGCCCACCAAUUUCCCCAAGAGACAGCGAAGAAAUGAAGGAACUAUUUUUACUUCAUCAAGUGCUCAACCCAGAAUUCUUUUCUAGUCAGCAACUUCUCAAAAAUGGGCUAUACAAGAGCUUAGUAAGAGGGCGAACGGUGGGAAGAUGGUUGAAAGAUCAGAAAGAGAGGAAGAAACAGGAAAUCAGAACACACAAUGCACAACUCCAUGCAGCUGUGUCAGUGGCUGGAGUUGCAGCCGCUGUUGCUGCACUUACUGCCUCCAAUGCUAUGUCAAUGGAAAUUGCAACCUCCUGCCAAAAGAGUACAGCUCCUAAAACAUCACUUGCUAUUGCAUCUGCAGCAGCUCUGGUGGCAUCUCACUGCAUUGAGGUAGCAGAGGACAUGGGGGCUGAUCAUGACCAAAUAUUAACAGCAGUCAACUCUGCGAUCAAUGCAAGAACGAAUGGAGAUAUAAUGACCUUAACAGCUGGAGCAGCUACAGCCUUGCGAGGAGCUGCUAUGCUAAGAGCUAGGUUGCAGAAAGGACUUGGGAUUACGGCCUUUGCUCUGGCAGAGGAAAAGGGAGAAGUAGGCAAUCAAUUGGACAUGACAACAACAUUGAACUUUGUCUCUAGAGGAGGAGAACUCCUCAAACGUACAAGGAAAGGAGCUUUACAUUGGAAGAAAGUGUCUUUCAACAUAAACUCUAAUUUGCAGGUUGUAGCAAAAAUGAAAAGCAAGCAUAUGGCAGGAACAUUCACUAAAAAAAAGAAAUGCGUAGUCUCAGGAGUCUGCGUUGACAUUUCAGCAUGGUCCGGAAGGGAAAGUGAGAACGGUGCUGAGCAGAGAGCUUACUUUGGGAUAAAAACAGCAGACAGGAUAAUAGAAUUUGAGUGCAGAAGCAAAGGUGACAAACUUAUGUGGACUGAUGGGAUACAGCAUAUGUUGAACUGUCGUAACAAUACAACAUGAUUCUGAGAAGUUAACAUUUGGAUUGAUGAAAAACUAGAUCUUUCUCCUUUCAAAAGUAGUUAUAUUGAAAUGUAUAUUCCAACUUCCAAGGAACAUGAUGUGCACUGGGUUAAAAUUGCAGUAAUAACAACUCUUAGUCAUA